GUUUCGUCACCCAGGUGGCCGUGCCGUCUCGAAACCCCGCGUCCAUUUGUUGGAGCGCAUCCAGCUCUAUUCCUAAGCAGCACGCUUUUGCUCCCCGAAAUGCCGCACAAAGACUGAGUCUGCGCCGUUUUGGAUCUGUUGUGCACCAACCCUCAUUGCUAUCUCAAAUCUCACCGCGCGCCGCAUCCCCGCAGUCCGUCCUUCACGACUCACCACACAACACUAGAAAUGGACGGGCACAAGCGGUCCAAGUCGGCCAGCGUGAAGCAUCUUCUCUCCCGCGUUUCUUCCAAGCCCGACGUCACCGACCUGCCAGAAAACAGUACUUCCCAUACUUCGGCGGCAGCCUCGACGACCUCUCUCAGCUCCCAGCAGUCUUCGCUACCUGUCCGGGGCCCUUCUAGCCACAUUAGACACCCAUCGCGUCCCGGUCACCGACCGCAUCUCUCUACGACAAUGUCCAACGCCGGAGGGCUGUCCGACAGCUUGGCGCCAGCCUCUCCGAGCCAUGGCACGUCUCCUGCCUCGCCGACUACCAAGGGAACCUCGAUCGAACAAUCCGUCAAGAUGUUCAGGGUCUUUGAAGCGUUGCGCAACGGUGAUACUGGUGCUAUAUCCAAGGCCAUGAGGGAGCAGGCAGUCCCAGCUGCAGAUCCAGACAAGAGCGCGUCGUCAAUUGCCCUGUCAUCCACCGGUCGUCUGGAAGGGACAUCAAUAUUACACCUGGCUAUACAAUGUGCUGAAAUGCCAGUCAUUGAAUUUGUCCUCUCGAACUCAACACCAGGAUCUGACGGACCUAUCGAUAUCAAUGGGAGGGACAAGGACGGCAAUACCCCCCUGCAUCUUGCCGCAACUCUCGGUCGAGCGCCUGUUGUUCGUACGCUGUUAGAUCAGCCCGGUAUUAACGAUUCUGUCUCGAAUUACCUAGGUCAGACGCCUCUAGACCUCGCGCGCACCCCGGAGAUAUUCCAGCUCCUGCAGCUUGCGAGAUCCAUCUUUGUUGACACCAACGUGAAGAAAAUUCAGAGUCUAGUAGCGGCGGGCGAUUUGACCGCCUUGGAGAAAUUAUUCCAGGACCCUAGAAUUCGCAGCACAAUAGACGUCAAUGGCGGCGAGCUUACGACUGACCCUGUAACACUUGAAUCUGGCGGAACCCUCUUACACGAAGCAGCGCGAAGGAGAGAUAUCAAGCUCAUUCAAAUGCUUUUGCUCAACGGCGCCGAUCCCUUCAGGCGAGACAGGAAAGGGAAACUCCCGCAAGAAGUUACCAAAGAUGACAGGACACGAGCAAUCCUAAAGCGAUCACCCGCAGCACAUGCAGCGCAACGAGGGAUCCAAGAAAAGACAAUUCUUGGCAGCUCAGCUGCACAAGCCGGCUCAAGUGGCGCGGAAAAUCCCUUGGGUAGUAAAGACGGUCGCGAAAUGAAAGGAUACCUCAAGAAGUGGACGAAUUACACCAGUGGGUACAAGUUGCGGUGGUUCGUACUCGAAGAUGGUGUGCUUAGCUACUACAAACAUCAAGAUGAUGCUGGGUCUGCUUGCCGAGGAGCCAUAAAUAUGAAAAUUGCUAAGCUAUACAUGGAUCCUCAAGACAAACAGCGCUUUGAGAUUCACGGGAAGUCCUCUGUUAAAUACCAUCUCAAAGCCAAUCACCAGGUAGAAGCAAAGCGCUGGUAUUGGGCACUGAACAAUGCCAUUCGGUGGAGCAAAGAUGAGGCUCAAGAGGAAGAAAAGCGUCAAACUCGCGAGGUGGAAGCACUCAAGCAAGCCAAAAUAGAACAAUUCGAAAAGCGACCCGCCGGCGAAGGAGACUCUUUGAGCAUUCAUUCCAGAGCUGCACCCAAAAGCUUCGCUCCUUCGGCCGGAUCACUUAGUGUGCCAUUUGCCAUUGGUAGCACAUCGAGAACCGGUGCAAGCACUGUAGACGAUGACGACUAUCCUCCUAGCAAUUAUGAACUCAGUUACUCUGGUGGAGAUCUUGCCAAGUUGCAAAGCCACCUCGGCACUGCUACAGCAGAGGGAGAGGACGACGAUGACGAUGACUAUGGAGACGGCAGUAGUAGUCACGAGGUGCAACCGGCAAGCAAGGACGCCUUUAAUAUCACCGCCCAGUCUGCAAAACUACAGCUUGAUUUGUUAGGGCAGGUGUCUGCGGCCCUCGUUGCAGAAAGAACACGAAAUCCCACAAUGCAAAUAUCAGACCCAACGGCGGUACAAGCUCUCACAUCGUAUGAGUCCGCGGUUGGAAAUCUUAAGGCCCUUGUUGGGGAUCUUUUGCGGAUUGCUCGAGAUCGCGACGCCUAUUGGCAGUAUAGACUUGAUCGAGAAGCCAACGUUCGCCGGAUGUGGGAAGAGAGCAUGGCCCGGGUCGUGCAAGAACAAGAAGAACUCGAAAGCCGUAUUGGUCUAUCCGAGCUGAAGCGGAGGAAGACCAAAGCCGCUCUCCGCGAAGCUCUCGAAGGAUAUGAAAUGAACGAGUCUCGUCCACUAAGUAGGGACGGAGAAAAGGAUGAAUUUGCUGAGGCUGAGGAAACACCUACCAGGGAGCCGGAAGACUUCCUGCGACCUAGGGGUACUAACAGGGGCGCUAGCAGUGCUGUUCGACGAAAGUCUACCUUUGUCGACUUGGGAGAGCUGUCCGACUCUGACGCCGACUCUGACGAAUUCUUUGAUGCAGUGGAUGCGGGUGAAAUAGAAGUCGUUGAGAUGCCGAUCUCAAGCCCUGGUAUCGGAGCUAUAGAGAUGCCACCAUCCACUGAGGAGUUGUUCGACGAUAAAAUGGCGCAGAUAUCGACUGCUUGGAGGGGCUAUGAGGAUGGUCCUCGGCAGAAGCUAGCGAUGGAUGCAGAUGACAGGCCCAAGAUAAGUCUUUGGGGUAUCCUUAAAUCCAUGAUUGGUAAAGACAUGACCAAAAUGACUUUACCUGUCUCCUUCAAUGAGCCUACUUCUCUGCUCCAGCGUGUUGCUGAGGACAUGGAAUAUACCGACCUGCUCGACACAGCGGCUGAACGGAUGGACUCGACCGAGAGACUCGUAUAUGUUGCUGCGUUCGCGGCUAGCGAAUACGCUUCAACAAUCGCCCGAGUCGCGAAGCCCUUCAAUCCUCUUCUUGGAGAGACAUACGAGUAUGCCCGGCCUGAUAAGGGGUAUCGUUUCUUCAUUGAGCAAGUCAGUCACCAUCCGCCGGUUGGUGCUGCCUAUGCUGAAUCGAAAAAAUGGGACUACUACGGCGAAUCCGCUGUGAAAUCCAAGUUUUAUGGCAAAUCGUUCGACAUCAACCCACUUGGAACAUGGUUUUUGAAUCUCCGACCAACUUCUGGUGGAUCUGAGCUCUACACAUGGAAAAAGGUCACCUCUUCGGUGGUAGGCAUCAUCACCGGAAACCCAACCGUCGACAACUACGGCCUGAUGGAGGUCAAGAAUUGGAACACAGGCGAAGUCUGCCAACUUGACUUCAAAGCCCGGGGUUGGAAAGCCUCCUCCGCUUACCAGGUCCACGGCAAAGUCAUGACUGCGGACGGCAAACCCCGCUGGAGCAUCGGCGGCCGCUGGAACGACAAGAUCUACGCCCGCCUCACCCCCGGCUACGAAGACAGCGUGGUCCACCCGAACACCUCGGGCUUGAAACCCGCCGAGGAGAACAAGGCUUUCCUAGUGUGGGAAUGCCAUGGACGGCCGGCCGGCAUCCCGUUCAAUUUGACCCCAUUCUGCGUUACGCUCAACGACGUGCCAGACAAGCUCCGCCCCAUUCUCGCGCCCACUGAUACCCGACUCCGCCCAGACCAGCGUGCGAUGGAGGACGGCGAGUACGACCUCGCUGCCUCGGAGAAGAACCGUGUCGAGGAGAAGCAGCGUGCGAGAAGGCGAGAGCGAGAGGCGAGGGGGGAGGAGUUUGUUCCGCGGUGGUUCUCGAAAGAGAGGUGCGAGACGACAGGGGAGGAGUACUGGGCCUUUAAUGGAGAGUACUGGACCACGAGACAUGAGGUUUCGGAUAAGGGGGGGAAGUGGGAGGGAUUAGAGGAUAUUUUCUGAAGAGAUAGAAGGGUGAAGGGGAAUUGUAUAUCAGAAUGGAAGGGAAAGUGGGGAGAUGUAUGUGCUAGAGUUUGAGUAAUGGAAAACUUAUUCCUUUCUUGAUAUUCUCACAUGGCCAGAUGUUUUGACUUGGGCCAUUGUUGGACUAAUUUCACGAUUGUUCUAAUGUCGCUCACUUCUAGGAUUGAAAGUCCGAGGCUGUGUAAAUUUCACUGCGAGAUUAAGUUUGACAAUAC